GAGAGGCAAAGAGUGGAAGAAAGAGCGCAGAAGGGAAGAAAAGGAAGGAAGGAAUAGAAAGGACUCGUCCUUAUUCGUUCUCUCUCAGAGCUGAAUCCAGGCGUUGGUGGUGAAUCCGAGCGUAGAAGGGGAGGGGAAGUCGCCGACGGCUCGCCUCCGUUCGUUCCUCUCGUCGGUGUUCUUGAGUCCCUUUGCGAAGAACCAGUAAGGACAAGAAUCCAUGGCUACCAGGCAUCAGGCUGUGGUUUCCCAGAAGCAGAGAGGUGCGAUUGUUCCUGCGGGCAAGCAGAAAGCUGCUGCCGGCGCAGAUGGGAAGAACCGACGAGCCCUUGGAGACAUUGGUAAUCUGGUCAAUGUCCGAGUUGUUGAAGAGAAGCCACUUCCCCCGGUCAAUCGGCCCAUUACCAGGAGUUUUGGUGCUCAACUCCUUGCAAAUGCCCAAGCUGCUGCCGGCGCCACUGCUGAUAAGAAACCUGUAGUUGUUCCUGCUGAUGGAGCAGCAGUGGUUAAGGUUGCCACAAAAGCAACAAAGAAGGUUACUAUUAAGCCAAAGCCUGACAGAGUCACUGAGAUCAACCCUGCUGAGAAACCAAAGGAAGAAUCUGAGAAUAGUUGUUCGCGCAGCAGGACUUCAAGAAAGAAGGUCAAUACGCUUACUAAAGUACUCACAGCGCGAAGCAAGGCUGCCUGUGGAGUCACCCACAAACCUAAAGACCUGGUUCCUGAUAUUGAUGCAUCGGAUGCAAACGAUCAAUUGGCUGUCGUGGAUUAUGUCGAAGAUAUCUACAAGUUCUAUAAAUUUGCCGAGAACUCUUUCCGGCCACAUGACUACAUGGACUCACAAGUGGAGAUCAAUGCGAAGAUGAGAGCAAUUCUGACUGACUGGCUGAUAGAAGUGCAUCACAAAUUCGAACUACAGCCUGAGACUCUAUACCUGACUUUCUACAUUAUUGAUAGGUACCUUUCGAUGGAAAUAGUACUGAGGAGAGAACUGCAGCUUGUGGGAGUCUCUUCCAUGCUCAUUGCCUGCAAGUACGAGGAGAUAUGGGCUCCAGAGGUCAAUGAUUUCAUUUGCAUAUCAGAUAGGGCCUAUACCAGAGAGCAAAUACUAGCCAUGGAGAAAGGAAUUCUGAACAAGCUAGAAUGGAACUUGACUGUUCCCACGCCUUACGUAUUUCUUGUGAGAUUUUUGAAAGCUGCAUUAUGUGACAAAGAGGUGGAACACAUGGUUUUCUUCUUUGCUGAGUUAGGUCUGAUGCAGUACUCCAUGAUCACAUUCUGCCCAUCAAUGUUUGCUGCUUCUGCUGUUUAUGCGGCUAGAUGCACUCUUAAGAAAAGCCCACUUUGGACCGAAACACUUGGGCGCCACACAGGGUUCUCUGAGCCACAGCUAUUGGACUGUGCACAAAUUUUAGUGAACUCUCACUCAGCGGCACCAGAGAGUAAGCUGAAGGUGGUGUACAAGAAGUACUCUAGUGAGCAAUUUGGAGCUGUGGCUUUGCAACCUCCAGCAACAAAAUUAUUAGAAGAGUUGAAUGCUUCAAAGAAAUGAUCUUGGAGAAGUGAUGCUGGAUUACCCACUGGUAAUUAAUAUAUAUCUGUUUCUUUGUUUCCAGAGAUAUGGAUCAGUGAGGAAAAGAAGGUGCUGAAAUUGAAUCAUCCAAGUGAUGAUACAGAGGGAUUUGUUUUGUCUGUUUUUGGUCCCUACUCUUCACUCUGGAGUAAAGUACUUUAGAAGGAGGCAAAACAUUUUACAUUCAGUUACUGCAUUCUUUUAACGGUGUAUAUAGUUUGCCUAUUGGUUGUUGAGACAUCUGACUUUUAUGAAGCAGCUUUUGUGGAAAACAUAAUGAUAUUUUUUAUCCAAGCCAUUUUUAUGUC